UUUUUCUCGCUUCUGUUGUACGUACGUUGUUUUAUCAGACUUUUUGUUUGGUUGAUGAAAACGUGAGGGGGAAGGGUUUGUAACAUAGAGUUCUAGCUUUGGUUACAUACUCGGAUCUUAGUUUUAUGAGAAACCGAGAACUUUAUAUUUGGCCUGUGUUGUCGUUCAAGAUUUAACCACAUAUAUAGAUGUUAACCCUAGAGUAAAAAAAGGUUUGAGAGGGUAAAUCAGGUAGUCGUUGAUUGAGUUGUAGUACACGAAGAGACGUAUGGGAUUUGAUUUGAAAAAAUUGUUCUUAUAUCAUGCCAGUUGAACACAUGGUUUGUUGGAACGUUGCAUAUGCUAGACAGUAGAUGAACCAUGAUAUAUGUCAGAUUUCUGAAUGAUGUAUGUGCUGAGUCCAGGUUUUGUAUAGAUGUGGUGAUUUGGGAGAGAAUUCGGAUAGUGUACCCGCUCUUUGCAGCAACUGGUGUUGCUGUUGGUAUCUGUGCAAUGCAACUCGUUAGGAACAUCACUGGCAACCCUGAAGUCAGGGUUACAAAGGAGAACAGAGCUGCUGGAAUUCUAGACAACUUUGAAGAGGGUGAGAAAUACAGAGAAAAUGCUGUUAGGAGGUUUGUCCGCAACAAAAAGCCCCAGAUCAUGCCAUCCAUCAACAAUUUUUUCUCAGAACCAAACUAAAACAAACCAUGAGAUUCGUCCGCAGAUUUUUGCAGAUUGAACAAUUGAAAUUGUUUCACAAUAUAGGACUAAUAUUUGUUCUUAUGAAAGGGUUACGAGACAACUGUAUUGCACUAAAAGUUUCCCAAUUGUUGGGGGUAUGAUUUACCUCAUUGCUAAAUAAAGUGACUUCCAUUUUUCUAAUAUAUGGCUGCUCAUUAUUACUCUCUACUGCUUUUCUCGUCU